CCCUCGGGCUGGAAAGGGCCGCUCCCAGCCGCGCGCGCGGAGUGGACGCGCAGGAGAGGGAGGUCGGAACUUCACAACUCCGCGCUAGCGAUAGGGAGCGCGAGGGAGGCAGACGGAGACGGGGAAGGGGCGGAGAGGCCGAGCGCGGGGAGAGGCGGGGAGAGCGGGAGGCGAGCGCCGCGGGAGAAGGGGAGCGAGACCCUGCCGAUCGCGAGCUCAGGGCGGCGGAGGAGGACGGAGGCGCCCGGCCGUCCGGGAGCGGCGGCAGCAGCAGCCGGCGGCCGCCCGGAGCUCGGCGGCUGGAGGAUCCGUGGCCCGGGCAGCUGUGCCCUCGCCGAGCGGAGCCGAGCAGAGCCGCGCCGGGGCGCCGGGACCUCGGCGUCCUCCCUCGCCUCGUAGCCCCGACCUCCUCGUCCGCGCGGGGUGCGGGACCGGACGGGGCUCCCAGGUCCCGGCCGGCAGCUCCGCGGGGGCGCGCGCCGGAGAGCGGGUGGGUGAGCGGCCGCCCCUUCUUCUUCCCGCCGGAGUUGAAUGUGUGCUGCCCGUGUCCAGGUGCUGGGCCUCCGGACCGACACCGACCCCCCAUUCCCGCCCGCGGCCGCCUUGUCAUGCUGCCCAAAGUGGAGACGGAAGCCCUGGGACUGGCUCGAUCGCAUGGGGAACAGGGGCAGAUGCCGGAAAACAUGCAAGUGUCUCAAUUUAAAAUGGUGAAUUACUCCUAUGAUGAAGAUCUUGAAGAACUUUGUCCUGUGUGUGGCGAUAAAGUGUCUGGGUACCAUUAUGGGCUCCUCACCUGUGAAAGCUGCAAGGGAUUUUUUAAGCGAACAGUCCAAAAUAAUAAAAGGUAUACAUGUAUAGAAAACCAGAAUUGCCAAAUUGACAAAACACAGAGAAAACGUUGUCCUUACUGUCGAUUUCAAAAAUGUCUGAGUGUUGGAAUGAAGCUGGAAGCCGUAAGGGCUGACCGAAUGCGUGGAGGAAGGAAUAAGUUUGGGCCAAUGUAUAAGAGAGACAGGGCCCUGAAGCAACAGAAAAAAGCCCUCAUCCGAGCCAACGGACUUAAGCUAGAAGCCAUGUCUCAGGUGAUCCAAGCAAUGCCCUCUGACCUGACUAUCUCAUCUGCGAUUCAGAACAUCCAUUCCGCCUCCAAAGGCCUACCUCUGAACCAUGCUGCCUUGCCUCCCACAGACUAUGACAGAAGUCCUUUUGUAACAUCCCCCAUUAGCAUGACAAUGCCGCCUCAUGGCAGCCUGCAAGGUUACCAAACAUAUGGCCAUUUUCCUAGCAGGGCCAUCAAGUCUGAGUACCCAGACCCCUACACCAGCUCGCCUGAGUCCAUCAUGGGCUAUUCCUACAUGGAUGGUUACCAGACCAGCUCUCCAGCCAGCAUCCCCCAUCUGAUACUGGAACUUUUAAAGUGUGAGCCGGAUGAGCCUCAAGUGCAAGCCAAAAUCAUGGCCUAUUUGCAGCAAGAACAGGCAAACAGGAGCAAGCACGAAAAGCUGAGCACGUUUGGGCUCAUGUGCAAAAUGGCAGAUCAGACCCUCUUCUCCAUCGUGGAGUGGGCAAGGAGUAGCAUCUUCUUCCGGGAGCUGAAGGUUGAUGACCAAAUGAAGCUGCUUCAGAAUUGCUGGAGUGAGCUCUUAAUCCUUGACCACAUUUACCGACAAGUGGUGCAUGGGAAGGAAGGGUCCAUCUUCCUGGUUACUGGGCAACAAGUGGACUAUUCUAUAAUAGCAUCACAAGCUGGCGCCACCCUCAACAACCUCAUGAGUCACGCGCAGGAGCUAGUGGCAAAACUUCGGUCCAUACAGCUUGAUCAGCGAGAGUUUGUUUGUCUAAAGUUCUUGGUGCUCUUUAGUGUAGAUGUCAAAAACCUUGAGAACUUCCAGCUGGUUGAAGGUGUCCAGGAGCAAGUCAACUCAGCCCUGCUGGACUACACUCUUUGCAACUACCCGCAGCAAGCAGAGAAAUUUGGGCAGCUACUAUGUGGACUACCAGAAAUCCGGGCGAUUAGCAUGCAGGCUGAAGAAUACCUCUACUACAAGCACCUGAACGGAGAUGUCCCCUAUAAUAACCUUCUCAUCGAAAUGUUGCAUGCAAAAAGAGCGUAAGUUACAACCUUAGGAGCGCUGCUUUCCCAACAAAAAGAGAUUGGGGCGGGAGGGGGAAGAAGAACAGGAAGAGGAAAAAAAUACUCUGAACUGCUCCAAGCAACACUAAUUAAAAACUUGGUUUAAAGAUAUUGAAUUUUAAAAAGCAUAAUAAUCAAAUACUUAAUAACAAAUAAAUGAUGUAUCAGGGUAUUUGUAUUGCAAACUGUGAAUCAAAGGCUUCACAUCCCCAAAGGGUGCAUAUGAAAGACAUUGUAAUGGAGUGGAUUGAACUCACAGAUGGAUUCCAACACUGUGUCAGAAUAAAAAUGGACAGAACAAUUCUUGUAUAUUUAAGCUGAUCUCCGCUGUGAAGAAAUUUAGGAACUAAUCUGCAUUAUUAAUUAGGCUUGUUCAGUGGAGGGUUUGCAUUUACCGAAUUCCUCCAUGGUGAAGCUAGACUGAAACACUUCUGCAGAAUGCGUCAGCUGUACCCCAGCAACUCCUCCCUCUUCCUCUGAAGGCCCCCACACCUUCCGGCCUGUGACCACCAAAUCUGUACUAAGGACCUGUGGUCAGACAUGCCUGGUAGUAGCUCCACUAAAUCAUGAAUUCUGAAUGUCUGUGUUGUAGACCUGCAAACAGCUAAUAAGAACAGUCUAUAAAUAUGUCAGCUUGCCAUUUUAAAUAUGUUCUGGUUUGUUUUGUCACAUGUUCAUGACUGGAAAAAGGGCAGUAUCCCUCUUUUAUCAUAUAUAAGCGUUAAUUAAUAUUAAGGGAUAUGACUACCAAUUUUCAAAGCAGAUGCUCCAUAAUUAAAGCAAGUUAGAUCUUAUCUCUGCUAUUGUUGGUGAAGUGUGGUUUUGGCAUUGUUGAAUUUCCUAAGAAUGUCUGACCAAAAGGCUUACUAGGACAUGUCUGUCUUUUUAAUCGUCAAAAGUUUGUAUUUAUUUAAAAACAAGACAUUAAACAUCUUUUGCUGGGAUAUCAAAUAGUCACAGAUUUAAGUCGUUGAACACAAAAAGUGAAGCAUGUAAGCUAUGCAAAAUGAAAAAAAAAAGGAUGAACUGAUAAACUGACUCAAAGUUCAUUCUAGUUGCAAAUGAGUAUCUCCUAAACUUGGGAUGGAAACUGGUUUUUCACAUACAGCCUGGAAAGAUAUCAAAGUAAUUCAAAUCUUUCCCAAAGGGGAAAAGAAGAGAGUGAUACUGAUCCUUUAAGUCAUAGGCCAAAGUCUGCUGUAGAACAAAUAUCAGAGGACCACGAAUUGCAAACAAACUCUCCGAACAACACUGUCAGUAUUAUUAACAUGUAAUGCCACAGGUAUGAAAGUCUUGCCUUAUGUCAUGAUUCUAAAAGGUAGCUCUGCAGAUAUAGAUCAACGUUUGUUUGAAAUAAAGUAUUAAUACUUUAAAGUCAAAUAAAAAUAUAGUGUUUACAUUCUUUAGGUCCUGGGAGGGGGGUGGGACUGUGAUAUUACAAAAUAGCAAAAGCAGUUAUUUCUUUAAUGUUAUUUUUCUGAUUGGUAAUUAUUUUUAACAGUACUUAAUUAUUGUAUGUCGUGAGACACUAAAAUCAAAAACAGGAAUCUCAUUUAGACUUUAAUUUUUUGAGAUUAUCGGCCGCACAAUCACUUGUAAAAACUGUAAAAACUAAAAGUAUCUCCUAGUCCCUUAAUUUUUUUCAUUAAUGUUUCUGGCUUUUGAAUAGUUUAUUUAUAUUGUAUAUCAUCGUUUCAACUGUAGACAAUUAUGAUGCUAAUUUAUUGUACCUUGGUUUCACCUUUGUAUAAGAGAUAGCCAAGACUGAAGAAACCAAAUAUAUGUGUUUACUGUAGCAUGUCUUCAAGUUAGUGGAACAUAGUUCAGGGACAUAGAAGGGUCUUAACGAAUUAAAAUCAUCCACUUAAUUAAAUGUCUGUAAAUCUUCAUAAUUAUAAUUCUUACUAUAGCUUAUUUAAUAUUGAUUGUAAAUUAUGUGACCUAUAGCUUUCUCUGUUUUCAAGUAAAUUUAACAAGGUGGAGUCUUACCUGGUUUUUUUUUUUCAAGCAUUGUAAGUUGUAUACCAAAGAUAUUAGUUAUUACUUCAGUGUGUACAAAGAUUAUUUUAUUAUUCUUGUUAAUCACCUCCACUUGUCCACCUGAAGGGUACACCCUAGCCAAACUGGGUAUCGACUUAUCCCCGGGUUUCAGUCACCUGUGUUGUCUUCAUGGUUCAAAGGGCGAUGAAAAAUCACCUAUCAGAGCUCAGAUCCGAAGCAUUAAAGGGAAUGGCAGCAGCAUUACAUCCCUUAGUUAAAGACCAAGCUGGCUAAUGGCAGGUGGAGAGGAGUGGUACAGUCAAUGGCUAGUGAACGAGCUCCAUCACGUGUGUGUCGCACUGGGGAGUGAUUUGGAGAUUAGAAGAAUAGUUAUUGGGAUGGUCUUUAGUAUUGCAAAAGUGCCAGAUGUGUGGAUUCAUAAAAUCUGUUUUUUAUUACUUUACAUGUACAGUGCUCCUCACUGAAAUUAAACCUGAAAAAUGUCAGAUAUUGGUGUUGUUCACCAGGUGGCUUUGUACCCCGAGAGUGGUUUGCAAGUCGGCAACACAGCCACUUUCAUACUACUGGUGAAACCAAGGGCAGACAUUGGUAAGCAAGACAGUGCAACAGCAGCCUGUGGCCCUUCCGAGAUUGGCCAGUGAAGUGUUCUGAUGUGAAUUGUUAACCAGUUUGUAACCAGACAUUGACUUAGCCAACUGCCUUAUCAAUCACAGGAUUUAGUCUAAGCAGACUCAAAUAUUAAGGUUUUUGGCUUAGCUUGGUUUACGAUAGUUGGUCUGUGUUUGUUAACAGACAAUCUGCCAUGUCUGGAUAUUUGUAUUACGAUGUUUAGAGUGUAAAGUCAGAGUUACACAUUGACAUUUUCUUACUGUAUCAGUGAAAUACAUAUUGUCAUGUCAGUUCUUGCCAGGAAUUUCUCAACAAAAUGGAUUUUUUUUUCAGUAUUUCAAUAAAUAUUGAUAUGCCCAGCCUGAUAA